ACAGCCCCAACAGCACAUAUUUUACUCUAUCUCGGUCAAUUUUUGAUCACCGUGUAGCCUAACAAAACAUUCAGUUGUCAAAGUGGAGUUGUGCGGAAUCGAUGGUGACAAAAUGCUUCCCGAAGCGCUGCUAAAGCGCCUGGCCAAGCGGGGAAUCAUCCAGAGCGAUGGCCAAGUGAAUCAACAACAACAGUCGUCCCAAUCCGGUCGGCAGUCAGAUUCAUCCUCCGGGAGUGACGACGAUGAAUCCAUGGAGGACCAUCGGGGCGGCGAUGCCGAUAUGAACAACGAGGAAAUCAUCGCCGAAGAUUACGACGAGGAAGAUCAGCAGCAGAUAAACCCGGAUGCGUUCGAGUAUCCGCUGCAGAAAAAGAAGGCCCCGACGGCCGUCGACUGGACGGAGAAGAUCAAGCAGAAGAUGAUAAAGAGGUAUGGGUUCCAGUCGGUGGACGGAUGUCAGAACAAGUACAACAUUUAUCAUCAUUGCUCGAUGUAUUGCGUGAAGCGUUACGGUGAAGUGGAGUUUGAAAUCGAGAAGGAGUACGAGAAGAGGGUAAAGCGCCUGCUGGAACGGUAUCCUCUUCCUCGGCAUUGGCGGAAGGAAUAUGACAUCGGUUGUAAAGCUUUCUAUUUCUAUAACAAGGAAACGAGAAUCGUUUCCUGGUUGCCACCUACCCAUCCGGACGCCAAAAUGACGAAGAGCGCCAAAGUACUCCGGAAGGAAUUGAUGGAAAGUUCCAAGAAUCAAGAGAACGCCGGAGACGGGCCACCGAAGGCGGUCAUCGUAGAAAGCUAUCCACCUCAGCCGAAGGCACCAAACCUACAGUUAAAUCGUGAACCGAUGGUCGGACCUGUUGGUGAAACUCUCAAACCUCCGGUGGUGAAUCCGCCGAAACGGCCACAUCCGAACCAGAAGUAUCAGUCGUACCGGGACGAGGAUAAGCGACCACGCAUGACGGGAGGUCGUCCGGAUCGUGGCGACAGGGAUCACGAGAGAGAUCGUGAUCGGGAGCGAGAUCGCGACCGGGAUCGGGAUCGUGACCGUCGAGAUAGGCGAGGUGGCGAUCGUCGGGACGACAGACGAGAUCGGGAUCGAGACCGUGACCGUGAUCGGGGUGGCAGUGACAGACGGGGAGGAAAAUCGUCGGGAGCACUUGAUCCGAUGGAUCCGGCCUCAUAUUCGGAUAUACCGCGGGGAACCUGGGCCAGCGGGUUGGAAGCGGCCUCCGGAGCUGGUAAGAAGGAAAAGGGGGAAAAGAAGGAAGAGAAACGGAAGGGACCACCCGGUAGGGACGAUGACUCCGAGGAUGAACAUGAGGUGCUGAAGGUGGCAGCUAUACAGGAGUUUACCCAGGAGGACGACGACAAGGAUGAAUAAGGUGAGAAUGGAAAAAGUACAUACAAACAUUUCUCUGAUAAAAAUACGCCCUAAGAAUCUGAUAAA